AUGACUGAGUAUGUAGAGGCAAACGCUGGAGAUUGGACGAACAACACUGAUCGUGCGGCCGAAGAAAAUAGUGGAAGUUCCACGGGCGCGGCGGAGGGAGGGAUACAGCUGACAGGAGUAACUUUUUUGAGCCCGUCUGAUUAUAACAUGCAGUAUGUGACAGAUGACAACGCGGACGGUUACGAACCGUCCUUUUUAGCAGCAUCCCACGCGGACAAUGGCAUGGAAGAUGCUGGGUGUAGCGAUGUUCAACCACCAUGCAAAUACUGCUCAUUUUUUAAAUAA